CAUAGAACUCUGCAGUCCCAGCUUUAACACAUCUAUCAGAUCCGGCAGGCCAGACAGUCAGUUGCGAAACGUCGUCGUGAGCAGGUUGGAAAAGCGAACGGGAGAAGUUGCGUUGUCCUCCGUUGGGCCACUGAAGGCAUGUGCGUGUCGUUAGAACUGCUGGUUUAAAAAUAAUGCUGAAACCGCUGUCCUCGUUGUGGGAUUUUGAGAGAUCACGUCUAAGUAGAAAUUAGUUUCAUCUCGUGUGCUACCCCGAAGUUCGUGGAAAAUUGUGACAAGUAAUGAAGAACUUAGAUGAUUAUUUUUGAAAAACGCCCAAAAAAUAUUUCUUACAAAAUUGGAUUUUUAGUGAUCAUUUGCAGCAAAAGUUUGAAUAGAAAUGGACGAUAAACUCGCGUGAGAUAGAAAAGUUUUACAUUCUCUCGAGUGCAAUAAUACAGUGCCAUAAAGAUUUCAGAAACAACUCGAUUGGUUUAACUAACUAAGCUCGAUAAUCUACGCUAGCUACAUCACCGCUUGGCAAACUCAACUGGUUAGAAAAGAAUGGAAAGAACCUGAUGCAGGACUGCCGGAGCUGUAUUUGAUGGAAAGGAUCCUUUUAUAGACAGGUUACCAUUCUUCAAUGCUAUGUGCCCAUUAAAGAAAUAAACUGACAAACUGUACAGAUCAAUUUACGAAACUUCAUUUUACUUCUGACACACACCAAACUUAUUCCGAGAAUGAUUUUCGCUCUAAGCAAAACUUACUCAUCCUCCUCCUAACUGGCAUCAAUGCAAAGUACACAGCGAUUUUCUGCGGCUGUAAGCUCAGAAACGAAAACACGAAUGCAAAAGGAUAAAGCAAAAUCCAUGCUAAAAUUGACAAACUGAAGCUGGGUAGUGCCGGCUGCUAAACGACUGAAAGCCAGCAACCGCAACCGGAUUAAACUGAUUUGGUGACCGAAACUGGAAGGUGGAAUCCAAAAACAAGACGAACUGUGGUAUUAAAAAUUAUAUCACCCCUAGAGCGAGGUGGAAAACCUGGAUAAUUUUCCUACGCAAAAUCCAGUUUAAAAGUGAAGUGACAAAACAGUUGUAAAGCAGUGGCAUUUCACUACCCGUACACCCGCCAGCAACGUUGAAACAAAUAAAACCAUUGGGAAAGAAUAGCCUAAACAAAGAAAAUGAGGACCAGAAAGUACGAUGGUAUAACAGACAGCUUUCUUCGCGUAGUGUUCGUAACAAUGGCAGUCUCCAUCGCUCUAGUAAUCACUGAAGACUGUGGCCAGGAGGAGUUAGUUCAAUGCACCAAGCCGCUGCAAGUGCUUUCCGCAACAUCCGAGCUCUCGUUCGUUACGAAGAAAGAGGAAUUGGAUAAACUAUGCCCUGACCUUCACUCAGGACUGCAUUGUAUACGAAGCUAUACUCGACGCUGUAUGAACAUCCAUCAGAGGGACCAUUUCAACAAGCUGUACCAUGGCACCAAUGAGGUCAUCCGUGAGCUGUGCGAAGAAGGACCUUAUCAGGAAGACUUUCUUAGACAUGCCCCUUGCAUGCGACAUGUGAAAAAGGACUACGAAGUGUGUGCGGUCAGCUAUCAGAGCACAAUGGCCAAGAUCGGACAAACGGUGGCCACCGGUACUACAACGAAGUCACCUACCGGCAGCGCCUCGGGGCAGCCGACACCAGAUGCAGCCAUGUCGCUCUCAAUGAAUGACAUGCAACAACAGCAGCAGCAGCACUCUCGCCAACGAAACUAUACGAAAAGUACUGAGGAUGCGGAAGAAGAACGGCUCAAAACUGUUUGCUGUGCAUUCCAAAAGUAUAUGCAAUGUUCCGAGUUUACAGUACGUCACGCAUGUGGAGAUGAAACAGCUCUUUUCACUCGAAAAUUCCUCGACAAGAUGUCCAACACUCUGAUGAGGAUGCACUGUGUCGAUUACACACCGGAAAGCGGAAAAUGCCGGGAUUAUUUUAGUUCAGACGCGACACGUGUCCGGUUGACCACCUCAAUAUGGCUUUUGUUUAAUAUUUUGCUAGCUAGUCUGGUAACGUUGCUGGCCCGUUGUAUGCCUAGUUCCAAUGAGCUAAUUUAAUCGACCUGAGCUGAGGACAAAACAAUACUUUUAUCAGAUCCUGGGUACUGUGGAGCAUGUGUUGUCAUUGACUGCCACAGAGUCCUAUGGUAGCCACCAUGUGAGGAAUAUAGAGUUGCGCUCUGAACGCAUUUGUGAUCGUGAAGUGUAAAGAUAUAGUCUGAGUGCAGAACAUAGACGAGUGCGAGGUAAAACUGAAUAAAUAAAAUAAACGAACAAAGAUUGUUUGUCUACGAUGAUACUGGUGCGUCGUGACUGUAUGAAAGUGUAUUAGCGUACCUAUGAUAUAAAAUGAUUCGGUUUUUUGUUAGAAAAAAAUUAAUAAUAAUCUGCCGGUUUAAAUUGAAAUAGGCUACCUAUUAUCAUAAUAACACUUUUAAGGUUGAAUCGGUUACAAACGGAUUUUCAUUGGCUUCCAAUAACUGUAGAAAUAUACAGAAACAAAACAUAAUACGUUGUAUUGCAAUUGUAACAGGUAAUCUAAAAGAGAACAAUUUUUAAUUAUUUUAGAGUAAUAAUUUCUGUGGAAUGUUUACUAUUAUUGUUACUAAUAAAACGGUUGAUUGCAUUGCACAAUCUUCUGUUACCAUAUGAUCAAACGUUUUUUAGAUUGGGAUAAUGUGGAAGUAUAUCUGCGUUAUCUUCAAGAUUUUAUAGAAGCUUGUGAUGUCAACUGAAAUAUGAAUUGUUUCAAUUCUACCCAAGAUUUUAGACCUAUCUGAAAUAAUAACAAAAUUGAAAAUCUGACAGACAACAUAUGAUGACACAAAAAAUGUGAAUGACUAGCCAGCUUCCGAAGUAUUUACGUAUGCCAUUUUUUAUUCUAUCAGCUCGAGUAAAUAAUGACACAAUGUUGAAAACAUACCAUAAUUAUAAUGAAUAAAUGGAGCAUUUUAUGGACGAGGAUUUUUUUCUUGCCAAGCAUGUGUGUGUUCAAAAGGUUUUGUUUGGGACAAAUGUAAAUAAUUAAUAACAUUAUGAUUAAAUGAACCAACAUAAUGACCGCAGUUGAAAUGAGAGAAAAUGCGAAAAGCGAAGCUGCACCCGUUUGCACCCAAGUGGUAUGGAGGUGUAUAAAAUUGACAUAGAAUCAUAUUAUAAUUAGUUUAGGCAAUUAAUAAAAUUGCAGUGCGUAGGCAUAUAACAUGUUUCAUAGCUUCCGGAUAGAGAUACUGAAUGGUGCACCAUAAAAAGGCGAUGCCUAUGACCAUUGAAAGUACACUCACGUACUCCUCUAAAUUCAAUAAUCAAAUUAUUGGUUGGAAGCGGGUGAAAAGCUGCGGACAAAUAAAUUAUAGCCGGUGUGACUGCCAUGUAAUUGUACAAAUGCAAUACGAAUUAAUGGAUGGGGAAAAGUGCAUCCACCAAGUAACGCGGUGAACGCGAUUGUAUCUGAAAACUCUAUUAAUCGUGAAGUAACAUGUUCGGGAAUUUAAUAUUCAGAGAUAAAUUAUCGAUAAAACUGUUACGUUGAUCAAGUUAUUGUUAAUUCGAAACAGUGUAAAUGAGAAUAAAUGAAAAGAUUAACUUAAUUCUUACGCAAAAAAAAAUCAAUAAGUUCGUUAUGGUUCCUUCGAGAUUAAUGCACUUAAAAUUGAAGUGCAUAAAAUAUUAUAUAACAUCUCGAUUAAAAUUUAAAAUAUUUCAAAUGUCGAAAAAAAAUUGGCAAAAGUGAAAAAAGGCAUUGUUAUUCAUCAUUGUGUUCUUUGAAAUGCCCCGUAACCAAUGAUGUGUAACACUCGCAUAUAGUUUUAUUUUGUUCAUUAUGUUAGUGUUCGAAAUUUGAGGCUAUUCUAUACGUGAAAUUUGUCACUGCAAGAUAAAAGAUCGGAUAGCAAAGUAAAAUAGUUCAAAACGAAAUGAAAACGGUGAUUGUUUGAUGUAAAUAGGUUGUAUAUAGGAUAGAUUAUUUAAUUAUGUAAUGAGCGCACGAAAAUAUACUGAACAUAUUGCAAACUGUU